CGCGUCAAAUUAAUUCCACCAAACUCCGGACUCCCCAGGAUCACUUCUAUUUGCGUUUAUCGAACGAGGAUCAGUUGGUGCCACUUUGCCUUCUAGUCACUCGCGUCCAGGAGAGAGGGGGCGGCAUAGCGCGAGGAGACUCCAGUCUGGCUUUCUUCUCGUGGUUCCCCGUUCUUUCCUUCGCUUGGUUUUCUCGUCUCUUCCUUGGACGCACUCAGCCUUUUGACGGGACAGUACGCAGCCGAAAACUUAAAUGCAAAUGGAGCAAACCUAUGGAGAGGUGAAUCAACUGGGAGGCGUAUUCGUCAAUGGCCGUCCUCUGCCCAAUGCCAUUCGGCUACGGAUUGUGGAGCUGGCCCAGCUCGGGAUUCGGCCCUGUGACAUCAGUCGGCAGCUGCGAGUGUCUCACGGCUGUGUGAGCAAGAUACUAGCGAGGUAUAACGAAACGGGAUCCAUCUUACCUGGCGCCAUUGGCGGGAGCAAACCUCGAGUCACAACACCCAAUGUGGUAAAAAACAUCAGGGAAUACAAACAGAACGACCCUGGGAUUUUUGCUUGGGAGAUCCGAGACAGACUUUUAGCUGAUGGAGUUUGUGACAAAUACAAUGUCCCGUCAGUGAGUUCCAUCAGCAGGAUUUUACGCAAUAAAAUUGGAAAUCUGUCCCAGACGAACCAGUAUGAAAGUGGCAAACAGGCGCCAGCCCAGGCCAGCCUCUCCUACAACCACAUCUACCCGUAUUCAUAUCCGAACGCCAUGUCGCCCACCGGCACAAAGAUGACAAGUCCUACAGGAGUGCCCGUUACGGCCGGACACGUGAGCAUAUCCAGGGCCUGGCCCUCGGCUCACACCGUCAGCAAUAUCCUCGGGAUUCGCGCUUUCAUGGACCCAGCAGCCAUUGCUGGGACAGACGGAUAUGCGCCAAAAAUGGAGGACUGGAGCAGCGUAAACAGAGCAGCUUUUCCUUCUGCGCACGGAGUCAAUGGUAUCGACAAAUCCACCCUCGAGGGUGAUAUUAAAUAUCCACAGCCUUCAUCCACUCUUUCCAGUUACGUGUCUGCUUGCGCCUAUUCACCGACCAAUCAGUACGGCGUGUACAGUGGACCUGCGGGAGGAUACGUUGCCCCGGGACACCAUCACUGGCAGCCCCAAAGUCCAGCUCUGUCUCAUGCGGGGGGUGGCAUGGGUAUGCACGCGGGGGACAUUCAUGCAUCCAUGGCCUUCAAACAUCAGGCGCGUGAAGGAGACCGAAAGCCCCCCAGUCCUCUCACCAAACAGCAGCACGAGGACCUGAACGUACACGGACUCAGUCUCACAUCAUCCUCCUGAGCUGGACUGUACCUUUCCCCAGCUGACACAUUUCAGCCCGCACCACAGUAAGUCUCGGCUCUUGGUUUGCUGUUCUGAUUCCCACGAGCCCGUUCAUGUGGACAAUUGACACACUAUGGCCAUUUGAAUGUAAAACGCACACAUGUCCCAGUGUUCCUCUUGGUUGCCAAUCACGGACAGAACAUAUCAUGGACAGUACAUACCGUGUGUUAUUCGUGCUCUUUUAAUUUCUGUAAAUGUCGGCCAUUAUCUCAAUCCAACUC